AUGGACGGCCAGUUUGGACCCCAUUUGUCGGGAGUGUUCGACUUCACGCUUCUCUUUGAGCAAAGCAUCCUUUCUCUUCUUCCAACUGCGUUGUUCAUCCUCCUGACACCUUUCCGGGUGUUUGCCAUCUGGAAAAAUGAAUCCUGCGUCAGGGGUGGCCCACUGCUGUGGGCAAAGUUGAUCGCCAUCAUCAUUUUCGCAUGCCUUCAAAUCGCUCUCAUUCCCCUGUGGUCCACCGGCUCUGCGCCCCGGACAAAGACCUCAAUUGCUGAACCAGCCGUCGCGCUUGUAGAGAGCAUUGCCAUACUGACGCUCAGUUACUUUGAGCACCUAAAGUCCCCCAGACCAUCUCUUAUGCUCAAUGCUUAUCUUAUUUUGAGCCUAAUUUUGGACAUUGCGUUGGGGAGAACCUUUUGGAUUCGAAACAAUAUGCAGGAGAUUGCUGCCGUCUUCACAGCUUCGAUGGCUGCCAAAUUCAUCCUUCUCAUCCUCGAGGAGAUCCCCAAGCGCCAUUUCACUGAUGCGAGAGACCCGGUAAGGGAAACAUCAGCUGGCGUCAUUAGCCGAAGCUUGUUCUGGUGGUUGAAUCCCUUGCUGCUCGCGGGCUCCCGCGAGAUUUUGGAGAUUGAUCACCUGGAGCCCGUAGGCGACAAGUUCGACUCGGACUAUCUCUUGCAGCGUCUCGAGAGGGCCUGGAAAAAAGAAUCUAAGAAGGAGAAGCCCAGCCUGUUGGUCUGCACCUUGGCUGAGUUCAAGUGGCCUGCCCUUGCUGGCGUGAUACCUCGACUUCUGCAGAGCGCGUUCAACUUUGCGCAGCCUUUUCUUAUCCAAUCGGUUAUUCUUGCGGUCGGCAGCCCCGAGACUGAGCUCUCAGUCAAGGUUGCGAGCGGACUCAUCGGCGCGACAGCGCUUGUUUAUGUCGGUAUGGCGUUGUCAGAUGUUUGGUGCAAACAUCUGUCGUACCAGUUGGUGACAAUGUAUCGUGGCGCGUUGUCGUCUCUUAUUUUUAAGAAGACAUUGAACUUGAACUCCAUCGAGAUCAAAGACAACGCACCAGUCACGCUCAUGAGCACCGACAUUGAUGUCAUCACCGCUGCGGGAGAAUCCUUCCAUGAUAUCUGGGCGAACUUGGUUGAUCUCCCGAUUGGAAUUUAUCUACUCUACCGGCAGGUCGGGAAUGCCAGUCUUCUAGUUCUGAUCCCAACUGUGGUGAGCAUUAUAUGCAGCGGCAUCAUCUCGCCUGCGAUGGAGCCCGCCACUGUUACGUGGAACGCUGCUGUCCAAGCACGAAUUGGCGAGACUUCGACGAUGCUCAGCCAGAUGAAGGGUAUCAAAAUGCUGGGCCUGGCCGAUUUUGCCUACAAGCUUAUCGACGGCUUGCGCAUCAAAGAAGUGAAAGUUUCCGCCAAAUACAGAUGGCUUCUCGUCUAUCUCAUCAAUCUUUCUACAAUUUCUGCCCAGUUCUCUCCCAUGAUUGUCAUCCUUCCAGCUCUCUACUGGAAAGGUGGAACCGGGAUGACUGUCGCGGAGGCUUUCACAUCAAUCAGCAUUAUAGGCCUCGUCACGCAACCCCUAUCACUUCUUCUUGUAUCACUAGCGCAAGUGGCCGGCAUCACGGCCGGCUUUGGCAGGAUCCAGGCUUUCCUAGAGCUUCGAGAGCAAAAGGAUGGACGAUCUAGGCCCUCGGCCCAAGCGUUAUUACCUGAUUCAAAGUCCGGUCUCAUUGUCAAUAAUCACGAUUUAGGGACUAAGAAGUCUGUUCUUGAUGACAUUGAACUGGCUAACAUUGGCAGUGCAGAUCAUUAUGCCAUCUCGAUUGAUAAUGCCACUUUCGCAACGGCCGACGAUGUCACGCUGCUGCAUGGAAUUGACCUCAAGGUGGCAAAAAGCUCCUUGACAAUGCUCGUGGGUAAAAUCGGAUGCGGAAAAUCAUCACUACUAAAGGCUAUCAUUGGCGAGAUGGUAAUACAGUCUGGCGCUGUCAGUGUAAGCUCCGACACCAUUGCGUAUUGCGACCAGAAUGUCUGGCUUCGAAAUGCCACGGUCCGGGAUAACAUCAUUGGCCAAAGUUCCUACAACGAGCAACUCAUGACUUCUGUUUUGAGAGCAUGUGCUCUUGAUGAAGAUGUUCUUUCAAAUUUCCCUUCUGGAGAUUUGACCUUGGUUGGUUCUGGUGGGAUAGCGUUGAGCGGUGGCCAGAAGCAAAGAGUUUCUUUAGCCCGUGCCCUAUAUGCCCAGAAGAGCAUCUAUGUGCUUGACGAUAUCUUCAGCGGUCUCGACAACAGCACAUCAAAUGCCGUCUUUGAGCGUCUUCUGGGUGCUACUGGAUGGCUUCGAAAAAAGCACAUAACUGUCGUGCUGGCCACGCACAACGCGCAUUUUUUGCAAGCCGCGGAUCACAUUACGAUGCUUGAAGAAGGCCGUAUUGUCCAAAAUCAGGUUACUUACAAAUCCAUCGAGCCGUCACUUGUAGAUGUUCUUGGCAAGGGGAAGUCCAAGAAGUCAUCUGAAACCGAGAGCAGCAUACAGACGGCAGAUAUCCAAAAACCCGCGGAACCACAUACUGGGCUUCCGAUGAUACAGGGCGCGAAGGACUCUGGAAGGCAGACUGGUGACAUCGAAUGUUACAAGAUCUAUAUCCAGUCCAUCGGAUUGAUGAUCAUAUCUGUGUGCUUCUCUAUCAGUGCCAUAACCUCAGCAUUGGAGGCGAUGCCCAAUGUUAUUCUGAAGGUCUGGACCGAAAAUGGCGGCGAUCUUGCGUCCACGGGCUAUCUUGGGGGUUAUAUUGGUUUCGUCUUCAGUGCCGCUUUAUUUGGAUUACUCGACAUGAGCUUUUUCAUUAUUGUUGGUGUCCCUAUAUCAUCUGUAAAUCUGCAUAGAAAGCUGCUCGAGACGGCUUGCCGGGCUCCGUUGUAUUUCUUCACAAGCACUGACAGCGGCUCUAUUCUUAAUCGAUUCAGCCAAGACAUGACAUUGAUCGACCAGAACCUUCCUCUUGCCUUUAUUCUCACGCUUGAACUACUCUUCAGGAUCAUUGUUCAAAUUGGAGUUCUGUCAUCCGGUGCCUCGUACGCUGCGGCCUUCAUCCCAUUCGCAAUCCUAUGUCUGUACAUGAUCCAAAAAUACUACUUGCGCACCUCGCGCCAAAUGCGUUUUCUCGACAUCGAAAUGAAGGCGCCCCUUUACACCCAGUUUACUGAAACUCUCGCCGGUCUCGCGACAGUCCGUUCCUUUGGCUGGUCCGAGGGCCUUAUGCGAGAUUACCAGAAGCACCUGAACACUUCCCAAAGGCCGUACUAUCUCAUGUUUUGCAUCCAGAGAUGGUUACAAGUUGUUUUGAACCUGUUUGUCGCUGGUGUGGCCGUCUUUCUGGUGUCGCUCGCUCUCCGCGUCUCAGGGGCUUCCAGUCAAGGAUCCAUUGCUUUGGCUUUGGUCAAUUUAGUCGCCUUCAACAUCACCCUUACGGUUAUGAUCGAGCAGUGGACGCAACUGGAGACGUCUCUUGGUGCCAUUGCUAGAUUGAAAGCAUUUGCUAAGGAGACACCGGACGAGAACAAGCCCAGUGAGACUGGAGUUCCUCCAGCAGACUGGCCAUCAAAUGGCAAGGUUGAGGUGGAGAACAUUGUCGCUUCGUACAGUGACGACAAGGAGGUUGUUCUUCGGGAUGUGUCUUUGACCAUUCAACCUGGGCAGAAGGUUUGCCUAUGUGGCAGGACCGGAAGCGGAAAAUCCUCGCUGCUUUUAUCCUUCUUACGACUACUCGAGCUCCGUUCUGGCACAAUUCGUAUUGAUGACAUUGAUAUAUCGACACUUUCCCGCCAGCAAGUCCGCUCACAACUCACCACUCUCCCCCAGGAGCCACUCAAGCUUUCUGGCACGAUACGCCAUAACCUCGACCCAGAAGACCGCAUCCAAGCCGACGAAGUUCUCACCAACGCCCUUAGAAAAGCGAACAUAUGGCCCAUUGUAGAGUCUCGUGGUGGACUCGACGCGAUCGCAAGCGAGGUAGGAUUCUCGGUUGGCCAACAGCAACUCUUCUGUCUCGCUCGCGCCCUGCUCUCAAGAAGCAAAAUUGUCCUCUUCGACGAGGCCACGAGCAGUGUCGAUUCAGCGACCGAGAAGGAGAUCCGCCGCAUCAUAAAAGAGGAGUUUGUGGGCCGUACGAUCGUCGAGGUUGCCCACCGCAUUCAAUCUAUCGAGGAAUAUGAUGUCGCCGUCGUGAUGGGCAGCGGUAGGGUGCUCGAAGUUGGCAAUCCGGAGGAGCUUCUUGGUUGCGAUUCUGAGCUGAAAAGGCUAUGGGAAGCUCAAGGCAUCGCUGGACACGUGGAGGAGAAGUGA